UCUCUCUCUCUCUCUCUCUCUCUCUCUCUCUCUCUCUCUCACACACACACACACACAUAUACUGAUAUAAUAUGUAGAGUAGCAUAUGCUUUCUGGGAGACGUGAGAGCUUGAAGGUUGAUGGUGACUCACUAUCUCUCUUGCUUUGCGACGCAGUGGCUGAGGCUUUAACGGAUAAGAACGAUCGUUUCACUCACAUUUCUCAUGAAUUUUGGGACUGGAACAGUCGCCGGGAAAGCUGGGAACAUAAUGGAGUGGAAUGUUAACAAUGGAUAUAAAAGCUUAAAGGGUAUUUGCCAGAACGUUUCUUACAGAUAGUAUGAGUUUGUGAUUUAAUUGGGUGCUUAACUGUAUUUUAGUUUUUGUAAUAUUUAUUUAGCUUGCUAAAAUUGAAUAUAGAGGAUUGUACACCUGAAAAUGGCCUAUUUAGUCCUGAUAUUCCUUGUGCGAGGUUUCAUUUCUUGGAAUUUGAGGAAUCCCCAUUUUCGUGUGACUUUUAAUGACUUACAACUGUUGUAAACUUUCAUUAAUUUCUACAUUCUCAGUCCAGCGUCUUUGUUAUUGUUGAAGAAUAUAAAUAUUUGUGUUACAUCUGGUCUAACAAAUGUUUUAACACAUUUGUGGGUUAACAAGGUAUCAAAGUGGGAGGUCAAUGUCACCUUGGAAAUUAAUAUUACUUACACGUUCUUUUCCAGAGUCCUGGACUGCAUGUGACUGUAAGAAUUUAGAUAUUUUAACUUGAGGUUUUAGAGAAGUUGGUGGUCUGUACUGGCUACUGGGAGUCUGGGAUCAUCUGUUUGUAUAUAUUGUUUGUUGAGGACAUAGAAAUAGUUCAAUAAUAAAAUUUAUGGAUGUUUGGCUGUAUAACUGGGAAGUAUGACACUUGUAAGGGUAGCAGUGAUGACCAUUUAAGAAGUUAUGUGCUUUAUAAAAUGUGAAGGCAUAGAUGUGCAAAUGUCUUAUACUUAUUGAGGUGCAACAGCCAUGCUGUUGGGAUUAGUCAGCUGGCCAGGCUAGGCCAAACUUAAUACCACUUUUAGUCACUGAAUUUUCAACUCUUGGCCCAAAUUUUCUUUUGUAACUAGCUUUUCUAUUGUUUCUUCUGCCAGACUGUGCCGCCCUUGAGCAAGAGUCUCCUGAAUUAAAUUAAAAUCAACGCAGUUGAAAUUUGACUUUGCUUAGAUAAGCCGUGUUUUAUGUUUUCUGUUGCUUGGCUCUGCUCGACUGCUUACAGCACUGUUUGCAUGCAUAAUGGAAACCAUCAGCAGAGGAUUAUUAGCUUUUCUACGAGCAAACAUCAAAUUUCUUUGCUCUUUGGUCUAGAGGAUCAAAUAUGGAAACAUUCUCCCCUGCACAAAUCCACAUAAAACUCAAAGGGCUAGUCAUUUGUUUAUUUUUUUAGGUUUUCUAAAUUUUGAGUCUUCUGUGCACAAGAUAUAUGGAAAUAAAUUAUUUGAAAGAACUUAAUUAAACAUGAUAGGUAGGUGUAAGUAAUAGAUGGAGAGUUCAUUUGGAGAGCUUUUCAUAACUUUUUCGUUGGCCGAUGCACUAAUAUUAAACAUUAUUAAACACGAAAAGAAAGAGGACGCAAAGUAAAACAAAUCAUCUUGUAUCAGUUUACAUGCUUCAUUUUGUGGUGGCAUUUACCUUCUGGAAAAAAAAAUAUGGUGGCUUCUGUUGAGUUUCACUAACUUAUUUUUGGUAUGCUUUAGAGAUAUUGUGUAAACAAAUAUGCUUGAUUUUAUUUAUUUGUGUGCAUUUUCUUUUUUACAUUGGUUUGAAAUGGUCAAGAAAUUGUAAGGUGGCAGGCUUUUUUGUUUUUGUUUUUGUUUUGUUUUUUGGGGAGUGAGUGAGGAAGGGAGUGUAUUCUUAGUCCUUAACAUAAUGAAGCAAGCUCCAGGCUUUAUGACCGUAAAUGUGUGAAGCGAGAGCUCCAACAUGGGAUGGUCUGGUGGCUGAAGGUCAUUUCUUUCUUUUCAGCAUUCUCAUGUAAAUUUUGAUUUGCUCCAGAAAAUCUUAUCCUGUUUAUCUAUGCAUUAUGCUCAAGUAUGUUCACUUUUUGUUCAAACAAAAGAACCUUUUCUACAACGAGGGUUAUUGCUGGCCUUUUCAACACUUCUCUGUAUAAACAAGUUCUACUUCAGUUCCAUGGCUGUUGCUUUUAUGUAGCAUCACUAUUAGAAAUAGAAAGAUUGUACUUUAAUAAACGUGUAAAGAAUGAUGAAUGGAUCUGCCACCUUUAAAUUGUAACCUGCUUGUUAUUUUGUUCUAGAGUUGCAUAUUAUGCUUUUGACUUCUACGAGAUUCAAAUUUGCAUGUUGGCAUUUGCUUUAUGGUGCAUGAAUUCACAAUUCUAUUUCAUCUCUUGUUUCUUAAAGUAGAUAUGGAACCAAAAUCAGGGAUGGAAGUAGCACUCAUUCCGAACAUUGACCCAAUAGAUAUUGGGUUGGGUUCUUCAGAAAAGGGAAAUGUGGUUCCUCCGGGAAAACCAAGAAAGAAGACUAUGACAUCAGUUUAUCUCAAGUUUUUUGAAACAGUUUCUGAUGGAAAGAGUCGGAGGUGCAAGUUCUGCGGACAGAGCUAUUCUAUUGCUACUGCAACUGGCAAUUUGGGAAGGCACCUCAGCAAUCGUCAUCCAGGAUAUGAUAAGUCAGGCGAUACUGUCAUCAUUUCAGCUCCACAAGGACCACAACCUAGCCCAAUUGUUAAGAAACAUCAACCCCAGUUGAAAACAUCUCAGGUUGAGCUUGACCAUUUAAACUGGAUGCUCAUCAAGUGGCUUAUUUUAGCAUCGCUUCCUCUUUCUACCUUGGAGGAAAAGUGGCUAGAAAACUCCUUUAAAUUCCUAAACCCAACUGUACAAAUCUGGCCAGUUGGGAAGUUUCAAGCAGUAUUGCGAGAAGUUUUCAGGAGUAUGCGGGAAGACGUAAGAGCAAUUCUGCAACAGGUUUCUUCUAAGGUCUCGAUCACCCUCGAUUUCUGGACUUCCUAUGAGCAAAUUUUGUAUAUGAGCAUUACAUGCCAGUGGAUUGAUGAACACUGGUCCUUCCAGAAGGUUCUUCUCGAUAUUUGUCGUGUACCUUUCCCUUGUGCGGCAGCUGAGAUCUAUCACACUCUAGUGAAGGUCCUCAAGCUGUACAAUAUAGAGAACAAAGUUUUUUCCUGCACCCAUGAUGAUAGUCCAAAUGCCACACAGGCAUGCCAUACCUUGAAAGAUGAUAUGGACGAUCAAAAAGUGGGUCCGUUCUGCUAUGUUCCUUGUGCAGCUCGAACGUUAAAUUCUAUUAUAAAUGAUGCGUUAAGAACUACAAAUCCAGUUAUCUCUAAGAUCAGGGAGUUUGUAUUAGAGAUGAAUGCAUCCUUAGAAAUCUCACAGGAUUUUAUUCAAUAUACCACAGCAUAUCAAGAAGGCAAUUGGAAAUUUCCGCUUGAUGCCUCAGCCCGGUGGAGUGGCAGUUACCAGAUGCUUGAUAUUGCACGUAAGGCUGCUAAAUCAAUGGAAACUGUCAUCAGGAAAUAUGAGAUGCUAGGCAGUAGGAUGCUGCUAAACUCGGUAGAGAAGAAUGCCGUCAGUAUCAUGCAUGCAUAUCUAGAACCCUUCUUCAAAACCACGACCAACAUAUGCACAAACAAAGUACCAACAAUUGGAUUGGUUCUCUUCUUCAUGGAUCACAUUUCUGAGAUGAUUGUGGCCUGCAGAGAGUCCCGUCACAGCCCUGACUGGCUCAAGAAUGCUGCUGAAGGCAUGACUACUAAGGCCCAGAGCUACAAUGACCAGGUUUGCAACGUAUUCACGUACAUGGCUGCAAUUCUUGAUCCUCGAAUUAAAGUGGAACUCAUCCCUGAAAGUCUAAACUCAGAAAAUUAUCUAGAAGAAGCAAGAAGCCACUUCAUGAGAUAUUACUCUACCAGCCAUAUCCCAUCAAUUAGUGGUUCAUAUGGUGCUCAAGAGUUGGAAGAUGGUGGGAGUGUUUCUUUCGCAGAGGAAAUUGCUCGUAAAAAACGAAGAGCAAGCAUGAGCUCUGCCACGGAUGAGCUUACUCAGUAUCUAUCGGAGCCUCCAGCUACAAUACCAACAGAUGUUUUGGAAUGGUGGAAGGUGAAUAGCACACGCUAUCCUCGGUUGUCCAUGAUGGCUCGAGAUUUCUUGACCUUACAGGCUACUUCUGUGGCACCUGAAGACCUCUUUUGCAGCAAAGGUGACGAGAUUGAUAAGCAGCGGUUCUCAAUGUCUCAUGAAAGCACAGAAACUGUGCUUUGCAUCAGGUCAUGGACACAAUGUGGGAUGAAGUUCAAGUAUAAUUCAACUGAGAUUGAUUACGAGAGGUUGAUGGAGUUGGCUGCUGCUGCUGCUGCUGCCGCAUCAGAUAGCAACGGUGCAGGGUCUGACAAGAAGCAGAAAUGAUAUUUUUGGCUGAGCAUUCGUAGCAUUUAAUCCCACUAACAAAGACAGAGAUGCCUUGUGACAUAGGUCCUGUAUCAACAUGAUGAUGCAAGUAAUUCCACUUAAAGGAAAAUGAGUACUUUGUUUUCCAUUUUAUACUCUGUUGUAUGUAGAGGACAGAGAAUCGUCAAUGUACAGGUCAGAAUGGAGAUAAUGCUAACCCGUGUAUGUUUUAUUGUUUAGUACCAAGUAAAUUUUCAAACAUUGGUUCCCGUUGGUACC